AUGUCGCUCUCCACUACGCCUCGCCGACAAGCUCUAAUCAAGAUUUGCAAGUUUAUUUGGAGGAAGUCUAAAUAUAGGGAAAGCGAAAUCUUGAGGAAAGAAUUCAGCGAUGUCUUUGGUAUCAUCAUUGAUUCAGUUGAAGAUAUACCUAUGAUUCAGAAAACCUCAACUGACCGUGCCGAGACCCCUCUAUCGCAUACCGAUCUGUGGUUCAACAGUCGGGAUGUCGCCGCUGGACUCCACAACGAUAUGCAAGAAUUGGAGUUGGCAGGAUUCGGAAGGCUUGACGGAUGGUCAGAUAUGUAUGAAACCCACAAUUUGCGUUGGGGCUUCACAGAUACUUGGACGACUGGCGAUUUAACAGCGCUUGCUCUCACAAUUCAUUCGCGCUCUGCGAUGAAUAAUGAAAUCCUAACGACCGAAUUUGUUGCAAUUUAUAGAAUUGCUUUUAUUGCUUGGAAGAAUGAUGAUAGCGUUCAACAGCAGAUGGAGAAAGAAAUGAUGGAAAAACAAUCGCCGCAAUUGUGUGCAUCUCGGCCUUCUCCACGAAGAUUACCUAUCCGACUUAUCUCUAUUCAUAAUCAAAAUAUCCGAAUCCUAAACACGAUCUUCACAGAAGAAUAUUUCAAUUCAUUAGAGAAGGAUAGUCCACCCAGCUCCAGCAAAUUACAUGUCCAUAUCAAAUCGAUUUCAGUAGCUGGAUAUAAUGACGCUGAGCUGAAGGAUCUCGCACAGGGGCUGUUGAAUACAAGAGAAAAAGUAGGAUCACUGGAAGCUAUCCACAUAUUACCUUGA